AUUUAUCGUUUCUUUCUCCCUCACACCACGGCCACAUGCGCCAGUAUCCAUGGUGUUCACCGACCUUUUCGCCGGAGAAAUAGCAACGGAGCUCCUGAAAAUGCUCGUAUCAAUAUCUCGCAAAUCUUGUCGCUGUAAGUCAAGCGCUGACAACUUGAUUACGAGCAUUGAAGAGCUCCUCCCCAUUAUCCAAGAGAUCAAAUACUCCGGCGUCGAACUUUCUGCAAUUCGGCAGGCACAGCUUGACCGUCUCUCCGAGACACUGCGAGAGGGACUCGAGUUGGGGGGCAAGGUUCUCGCCUCUGCUCGAUGGAACGUUUAUAAGAAUCUCCAGCUUGCUAGGAAGAUGGAGAAAUUGGAGAAGAAGGUUGCGAAAUUUCUCAAUGGUCCUAUGCAGGCUCACGUGCUUGCCGAUGUGCAUCACCUGAGGUUCGAGGCGGCCGAGAGGUUCGAUCGGAUAGACGGAUCGGCGCGGCGGCUCGAACAGCGACUGGAGUCAAUGAAGAUUGGAAAUGGAGGGUGGAUGGAGGAGGCAGUCAAAAGGGUGGAGCUGGCGGAAGAGACAACUUUGGAGACUUUGUGUGGAGCGGGUCUGGAUUUGGGCAAGAAGAAGGUUAAGGAGAUGGUGAUUGGGUGUGAGAAUUCCUCCGUUGUAGGGAUUUUGGGAAUUGGUGGUUCUGGGAAAACUACCUUGGCUACUGAGCUUUGCAGAGACGAUGAAAUUCGAAGUUACUUCGACGAAAGAAUUUUGUUCCUGACAGUAUCACAGACUCCAAAUGUGGAGCAGUUGAGGGCAAAGAUUUGGGGAUUCAUAUCUGGGAAUGAGGCUGUGGAUUCUGGUCACCUCUUAUUUCCACAGUGGAUCACACAAUUUGAAUGCAAAACUGGACCAAGAACUUUGAUUGUUCUAGAUGAUGUCUGGUCAAUAUCUGUGCUUGAGCAGUUGAUUUUCAGGAUGGAAGGGUGCAAAACAAUUGUGGUUUCAAGAUUUAGAUUCUCAACUGGUCUUGAUGCAUCUUAUGAAGUAGAGUUGUUGAGGGAAGAUGAAGCAAUGGCUCUCUUCUGCCAAACUGCUUUUGGGAAAAAAUCAAUCCCUCGUGCUUGGAACGAGGCUUUGGUUAAGCAGAUUGUUGAGGAGUGUAAGGGCCUUCCCCUGGCUCUUAAAGUCAUUGGAGCUUCAUUAAGAGAUCAACCUGAAAUGUAUUGGGUCGGUGCUAAGAAAAGGUUAUCUCGAGGAGAACGAAUUUGCGAGUCUCAUGAAACCAAGUUGCUUGAACGGAUGGCAAUUAGUGUGGAUUACUUGCCCAAAAAGGUUAGGGAAUGCUUCUUGGAUUUGGGAUCAUUUCCUGAAGACAAGAAGAUUCCCCUUGAUAUACUUAUAAACAUGUGGGUUGAGAUACAUGAUAUCGAUGAGGAAGAAGCCUUUGCUAUUCUUGUUGAGCUCUCUAACAAGAACCUUCUCACUUUGGUGAAGGACCCACGAGCGGGAGACAUCUAUAGCUGUUACCAUGACAUCUCUGCCACUCAACAUGAUGUGUUAAGAGAUCUUGCUCUUCAUCUGAGCAAUCAAGGGAAUUUAAAUGAGCAGAAGAGACUGAUUAUGCCAAGAAGAGAAUCUGGAGUUCCAAGAGAGUGGGAAAGGAAUAUAGAUCAGCCAUUCAAGGCUCAGAUUGUCUCAAUGCAUACAGGAGAAAUGAAAGAAAUGGACUGGCCGCGCAUGGAUUUUCCCAAGGCUGAAGUACUCAUCCUGAAUUGUUUAUCUAAUGAAUACUUCCUGCCUCCCUUCAUUGAUGACAUGCCGAAGCUUAGGGCACUCAUUGUGAUAAAUUAUGGUAACUCCACUGCCACCCUUCUCAAUUUCCCGGUCUUCACCAAUUUGGCAAACUUGAGGAGUCUAUGGCUUGAGAAAGUUUGUGUCCCUCAGUUAUCUAGCACCACUGCUCCCUUGAGGAACUUGCGGAAAAUAUCUCUAGUCCUCUGCAAGAUUGGUGACAGCUUUGAUCCAUCCAUGGUUGACCUGCCCCAGAUCUUCCCUCGUCUGUCAGAACUUGCAUUUGAUCAUUGUGAGGAUUUAUUUGAACUGCCUUCAAGCAUAUGUGGGAUUAACUCACUCAAGAGUCUAAGCAUCACCAACUGCCACAAUCUGUGUAAUUUACCUACUGAAUUAGGUAAACUAAGGUGUCUGCAAAUACUCAGGCUAUAUGCUUGUCCAGCUCUCAAUACACUUCCUCCCGGCAUUUGUGAGCUAACCUGCUUAAAAUACCUUGACGUCUCACAAUGCGUUAACCUGAGAUGUCUACCUGAUGAAAUUGGUAGAUUAGUGAGCCUGGAAAAGAUUGACAUGAGAGAGUGCCUACAGAUUUGGAAUCUUCCUCCUUCUGUUUCAUCUUUGCGCUCACUGCGCCAUGUCUUCUGCGACGAAGAUGACAUCUCCUGGUUAUGGAAGGACGUAGAGAAAACAAAGCCAGAACUUCACGUCCAGGUUGCAGAUAAAUGCUAUAACAUAGACUGGCUUAAAGAGUAUUGAAUUAACUUAAGUAAUUUAGUGAUAAUUAUUUUUUUUUUUGCUAAAAAAAAGAAGUUUUGAAUUUAAAUCACAAGACAUGUGAUGGGUGAAAUAGAUGAUGAAAAAGAAUUAUCUCUUAUUGUGCAAUUAAGAUUAAGAGAAAAAGCUUUAAAUUGACAUCAUCCAUGUCUCUGUAAAUAUUAGUAUUGAAUUAAUGGAAACAAAAUUAUUCACUGCUA